UUGAUAUGUUUUCAUUCGGCAGGUUCAAGUGGGAGGAUCACCUGUCUACAAGGUGGAUAGGAAGCUGGGCAAAGGUGGCUUUGGUCAAGUCUUUGUUGGCCGUCGAGUUACCGGGGGUAAUGAUCGUACUAGUGGCCCUGGGGCUACUGAGGUGGCUCUAAAAUUUGAACAUAGGAAUAGUAAAGGCUGUAAUUAUGGCCCUCCUUAUGAGUGGCAAGUUUACAACACCCUUGGUGGCAGUCAUGGAAUACCAAAGGUACACUAUAAAGGAAGACAAGGAGAAUAUUAUGUAAUGGUUAUGGACAUGCUUGGUCCAAGCUUGUGGGAUGUGUGGAACUCUUCAAGCCAGGCGAUGCCUGCAGAAAUGGUUGCAUGUAUAGCUGUUGAGUCCUUGUCAAUCCUGGAGAAAAUGCAUUCAAGAGGAUAUGUGCAUGGAGAUGUAAAGCCAGAGAACUUUUUACUAGGCCAGCCAGGGACACCACAAGAGAAGAAAUUGUACCUUGUUGACCUUGGAUUAGCAACAAAGUGGAGAGACACCUCCAGUGGGCAGCAUGUUGAAUAUGAUCAACGUCCAGAUAUGUUUAGAGGGACUGUUCGAUAUGCAAGUGUUCAUGCUCACUUGGGAAGAACUGCUAGUAGAAGGGAUGAUCUUGAAUCUCUGGCAUAUACACUCAUCUUCCUUCAUAAAGGGCGGUUACCAUGGCAAGGUUAUCAGGGUGAUAACAAGUCCUUCCUUGUUUGCAAAAAGAAGAUGGGAACAUCUCCAGAGAUGCUCUGUUGCUUCUGCCCUCCUCCUUUUAGGCAAUUUCUUGAGAUUGUAGUGAACAUGAAAUUUGAUGAAGAACCAAACUAUUCCAAGCUAAUCUCUCUUUUUGAUGGUAUGCUUGGUCCAAAUCCUGCAUUGCGGCCGAUUAACACUGAAGGUGCUCAAAAGGUUGGGCAAAAGCGGGGUAGAUUGAAUAUUGAGGACGAGGAUGAUUCACAACCCAAAAAGAAGGUUCGUUUGGGGGUUCCUGCUACACAAUGGAUUUCAGUUUACAAUGCCAGACUACCAAUGAAACAAAGGUAUCACUAUAAUGUAGCUGAUGCAAGACUAGCACAGCAUGUUGAGAGAGGGAUUGCAGAUGGCCUUCUUAUUAGUUGUGUUGCAUCUUGUUCCAAUCUCUGGGCGCUUAUUAUGGAUGCUGGAACUGGUUUUACAACUCAAGUUUACAAGUUGUCACCAUUUUUCUUGCACAAGGAAUGGAUUAUGGAGCAGUGGGAAAAGAACUAUUAUAUUACUUCAAUAGCUGGCGCUAAUAAUGGAAGCUCUCUUGUGGUGAUGUCAAAAGGCACGCAGUACACACAACAAUCAUACAAAGUAAGUGAUUCUUUCCCCUUCAAAUGGAUAAACAAGAAGUGGAGAGAAGGUUUUCAUGUCACCUCGAUGGCCACUGCCGGAAGUCGCUGGGGUGUUGUUAUGUCUAGAAAUGCUGGAUUCAGUGAUCAGGUUGUUGAGCUUGAUUUUCUCUAUCCUAGUGAGGGCAUCCACAGACGAUGGGAUAAUGGUUACAGGAUUACAGCAACUGCUGCUACAUGGGAUCAAUCUGCUCUUAUAUUAAGUAUUCCAAGGCGCAGGCCAGGUGAUGAAACUCAGGAAACACUACGCACAUCUCAAUUUCCCAGCACACACGUUAAGGAAAAAUGGUCAAAGAACCUUUAUCUUGCUUGUUUGUGCUAUGGGCGCACUGUAUGCUGAUAUCUUCAACAGAUCAAAGCAUUGAUUGAUUUGGAAUAGAAUCAUAUUUUCUGCUUGUGUUUAGUUGUGCAAGCAGGAAACUGUAUCUUCGGCUGUUAUAUAGUGUUGUUGUUCUCUCCCAUUCUAUUGUAAGUUCUUUGCGUGGGGGAUGUGUUUAAUGUUAAUCUAUACAGCUUAGCUUUAUGCUCCUCCAAUAUGUAUAUGUAGGUGUUACCAAAAUUUUUGUA